AAUGGACCAUAUGAUAUAUACAACAUGCAAUAUCAAUAACUUCAAUAGCUGUUCGAAUGUGGCAUGUGGCUUCACAUACAUAAUCCAUAUGACUAGGCCUACACUUGCUGAGCAGGAACAGAAUGCACAUCAUCUGAGCUAACCCAGGACCGAGCAAAUGCUGUUGAAACCGCGAUUCAGAAAUUGGAUUUCUUAAGGCACAGGAAAUUCUUUCAACUCUAGCAAGAAAGGAAGUCCUGGUGAAGAAAUGCGUUAAGUGAAAUGCAACUAAAAUGUGACUGCAUUCUGAUCAAUCUUUGAAGUCUAUCGAGGAACUCUACAAUAUCGAGACAAUUUGUGGGACUGCCAACAAGAUUUAUGUUCGUGACAAAUUUCUCUCAUCGCACUGCUGGAUAAUUCUCACAUCAACAGCACUAGCAUCACCGUCUCUCAGAAAGAGAGAAAGCAUUUGCACACAGCGUCCUGACUGGAAAAGUUCAGAGACUUUCUUUCCUAUCAAUGCUGGAAGAAUCUAUAGACUUCGAAAUGUCGAAACCAGUUGACUUUACCCAUCCAUGGCGCCAUGGCGAUAUCACUUUCAAAGUGGAAGGAAAGCGACUGUACGCAAACAAGACGAUUCUGUCGAUGUGGUCGCCAGUUUUCGAGGCGAUGUUCACCAAUGACUUUAAGGAGAAAAACGCCAUGGAAAUCAAAUUGCCUGAGAAGGAAUACGAGGAGGUACUCGAGUUGAUGAAAGUUAUACACCCGCCAAAUAAACAAGUGGAUGAGAACUGUGUAUACUCCCUUCUACCCCUGGCUCGGGAAUACCAAAUGAUCACUGUCCUUGAAAAGUGUGAGGCUCAACUCAUGACCCAACCAGCUAACAUGGAACACCUCAUAAUAGCAGAGGAGUAUGGACUUUCAAAACUUUUGGACAGAUGCAUCAGCUAUGCUGCCCAAGUCAGUUUGAAUGAUUUAGAACAAAAGACAGAGUACCUGAAACUGGAACCGAACACAAUUAUCGAACUUCUGCGCCGAAAAAUCCAAGUUUUGGAAACAAAGCAGCAGGCUUUGAAGACGAUUCAAGAGAUUGCAAAUGGGGACCGGCCGCAUUGGAGAUAUGAAUGUCUCGACGAGACGAGGGGCCCUCAUAAACAGCGGUCUGAUGUCUCGUGCGAUGCCUGCUGUUACUGGAUGUGCGAUGAGAUUCGCAAGAAAGCGAGACAGGUGAUUGGACACUGAUAUUUUCAAAAGAGUUUUGUAAUUUAGCUGUUAUGAACCAAGCUAUGCAGGCUUGCCAGUUAGCUGAAGCGGUGCUUUUCAUGCACAAAUAGACAAUAACAAAAUCUUUUCUGUGUUAUUUUCAACUUCAUUCAAUGAUGUCUUUAAUGUUAGGCACAUUAAAAAAAGGUUUGUGCAAGUUUAAAUCUAGAUACUGGGUUUCAUAAUUUUGUAAUAACUUCUUCACAUUUUCAUCAACAAAAGUACAAAUUUCAUAACAACCAGUACACUUGAA